AUGCGGUCCCUUUCACCAGCCCUCGCGUCUCUCGCGAACGUAUUCCGUAUCCCCAUCUCACCCACACCGGCACGACCCUCAGUUACCCGUGUAUGCUAUGAGGCACUGUCCCGACGAACACAACCGAGCCCGAUCACCUCGGCCGUCCAAACCGCCUCCUUCUCAUCAACAAGCUCCCUAGCCAAGCGCAAGGAAGGCCGCCCCGGUGUGGACAAGCGAAUCACUCUUAUUCGUUACUUCCUUCACCACCCUCUUACUCCUCGUCCUCUCCGCUUCUCUCGUAACCGGUUCCUCCGUCAUUGGACUAUUCAUCGCGCUUGGCAAUUGUUCCAGGCUAAGCAGCGCAACACCCAACAACUCGAACUGCAGCGCCAAUACCAGACUAUGCAGGCUGCGUGUGAGGAGUUGCGCACUGGUGCUGGAGAUGGUGGCAGAUUGUUCCGGAAAUCAAUGAACAAGAAGGGUAUCUUUACUGAUUUGAUUCCCAUUGAAUAUGGACGUAUGCAGACUGAGUUCCCGUCUGCUGAGGGGUGGAAUCAUGAGUGGAAGAAGAUUGAGAAGAAAUAA